ACAAACUCUCAAUUUUACUCAUCCUCACUUAGCAUCACUUUCUCAUUUGACUACCCAAGAUCAAUAAUACUCAAAAUGGGCUACGGCACUCUUGAAAACGGUCACUGGCUCAUGGUCGGCAUGAGUAUCUUCAGCAAAGACCGCACCGUUGAGCUCCGCAUGCAAGACGACGGCAAGCUCGCCAUCUACUACAACGACCACUGUGCUUGGCAGAGCACCGCCCAACAGGUCAACAACGCAAAGGGUGCCGUCAUGCAAGGUGAUGGUAAUUUCUGUAUCUAUGACAAGAAUGGAAAGGCCACCUGGCAUACCAACACGGCUGCCCCAAGCGGUGAUAGCCACACAUUUGUUUCUGUCCAGGAUGAUGGAAACCUUGUUCUGUACAAGAACAAUGGCGCUACUCCAAUCUGGUCAUCCAAGAGCAACAAGUAAGUUGGAUGGGAGGGCUGGCAUGAUACACACGUUAUUAGUGGGAAUAGUUGUAGAGCAGGAGACGUAGUCAAGUUCAACUACCCGAUGGCAUCCCUAUAGCACGUGUGGCCAUUAAUGCAAGUACGUGGAGAAAUUGCUCAUUACUGCACCAAGUGCCAAUUUGUUCGUCUACAUCGUUCACGUCUUAGUGCUUGCCUCCAUCGAAGCUCUGUUUUUUAUUGAAUGUGAUAUUUUUACUCCAUUGCC